CCAGCCUAAAAGUGUUUACUUUUAUAGAAAGAGAAUGGAAAAUCUUUUUCUUUUCCUUUUAGAGACCAUAUCUUAUUACUAUUUGAGGAAUGCUUGUCCUCAAUUUGUAUGGGAUUUCUGACCCAGUCACGCCCCUCCUUGUGUUUUGCAUAGUUGCUGUGUUUACCUCUCACAAUCUAAUCAUUAUUUGCCUCUGUAAUCCUUCCCCUAGCACAAUAAGAACCUAAGGUCAUCUAGGCAAGAAACUUGUCUUUCUGCUCCUCUGCAUGACUCCUGGAGUGCUGUGGGAGUGUCGAAGAACCGCAUCUGGCUGAGUCAUCCUCCCACCUAAUGGUUUCACUCCAGAACAUCCUCUGGGCUUGGCAAUGAGCAAGUCACCAAGGGAGAAUCAGUGACUUCACUGAAAUCAAGGAGCUGCAGUAGCAGGAUAAUGAAGAUAUUCAAAUGUUGUUUUAAACAUACCCUACAGCAGAAAGUUUUCAUCCUGUUUUUAACCCUAUGGCUGUUCUCCUUGUUAAAGCUUCUAAAUGUGAGACGACUCUUUCCACAAAGAGACAUUUACUUGGUUGAGUACUCGCUGAGUACGUCACCUUUUGUAAGAAACAGAUACACUCAUGUUAAGGAUGAAGUCAGGUAUCAAGUUAACUGUUCGGGUAUCUAUGAACAGGAGCCUUUGGAAAUUGGCAAGAGUCUGGAAAUAAGAAGAAGAGACAUCAUUGACUUGGAGGAUGAUGAUGUUGUGGCAAUGACCAGUGAUUGUGACAUUUAUCAGACCCUAAGAGGUUAUGCUCAAAAGCUCGUUUCAAAGGAGGAGAAAAGCUUCCCAGUAGCCUAUUCUCUGGUUGUCCACAAAGAUGCAAUUAUGGUUGAAAGGCUUAUUCACGCUAUAUACAACCAGCACAAUAUUUACUGCAUCCAUUAUGAUCGUAAGGCACCUGAUACCUUCAAAGUUGCCAUGAACAAUUUAGCUAAGUGCUUCUCCAAUAUUUUCAUUGCUUCCAAAUUAGAGGCUGUGGAAUAUGCCCACAUUUCCAGACUCCAAGCUGAUUUAAAUUGCUUGUCAGACCUUCUGAAGUCUUCAGUCCAAUGGAAAUACGUUAUCAACCUCUGUGGGCAAGAUUUUCCCCUGAAGUCAAAUUUUGAAUUAGUGUCAGAGUUGAAAAAACUCAAUGGAGCAAAUAUGUUGGAGACGGUGAAACCCCCUAACAGUAAAUUGGAAAGAUUCACUUACCAUCAUGAACUCAAACGGGUGCCUUAUGAAUAUGUGAAGCUACCAAUACGGACAAACAUCUCCAAGGAAGCACCCCCCCAUAACAUUCAGAUAUUUGUUGGCAGUGCUUAUUUUGUUUUAAGUCAAGCAUUUGUCAAAUAUAUCUUCAAUAACUCCAUCAUUCAAGACUUUUUUGCCUGGUCUAAGGACACAUACUCUCCUGAUGAGCACUUUUGGGCUACCCUGAUUCGGGUUCCAGGAAUACCUGGGGAGAUUUCCAGAUCAGCCCAGGAUGUGUCUGAUCUGCAGAGUAAGACCCGCCUUGUCAAGUGGAAUUACUAUGAAGGCUUUUUGUAUCCUAGUUGUACCGGAUCUCACCUUCGAAGCGUGUGUAUUUAUGGAGCUGCAGAAUUAAGGUGGCUUAUCAAAGAUGGACAUUGGUUUGCUAAUAAAUUUGAUUCUAAGGUGGACCCUAUCUUGAUUAAAUGCUUGGCAGAAAAGCUAGAGGAACAACAGAGAGACUGGAUCACUUUGUCCUCAGAAAAGUUAUUUAUGGAUAGAAAUCUCACAACCACAUCACGAUAGUAAAAUCAGGAUGGAAAUAAGAGGGUACCUGAUAAAUGGAGUCAGUAUGGAAUUGAAUACCAUACUAUGCCCAAUACGUACUGUUUAAACUCAGUCGUCCCAGACUUUAAAAGGUGUCCAGAAUUCCUUGCACAAGGGAAAGUGAUCUAGCCUUUGAUGAUACUAUCUGCAGUUGGUUAGGUUUUUUUAAUGUUUGUUUUUGCUUGUAAUCUCACUGAGCUAAGUCAGAGAUCUUAAACAUUCAGUCAGUCAUCAAAUAUUAUUGAGCACCUAGGCACUUUUUUAGAGACUGUGGCUUAUCCUCAUCAUAGCAACCUUGAUAUCUUUAAGUUCUCCACAUAACAGGAUUCUACUGAAGAAGCUUUUGAAGUAUGUGGUAAUCAUCUGAUCAUGUAAACCACCAUCUCAGAGUAGUGUUAAGUACUGUGACCAACACUCCACUUGCCUCUUAACUCAGCUUCCAAGACAUUUCUUAACCAUUAGAGCAGAGGAGGAAAGACUCACUACCUCAGAAAAGUCUGAAAGAAUAGUCCAAUUUCCUGCUUGCCAAAGCAUAAUCUGCCUUUUGGUGCAUUACUUGGUCAAUUCAGGGUUGAGGAGACUGUUGAGGGGGGCAUUUAUAGGUGUAUGAAAGUUAAGGAAGGGGGUGAGGAUAUGGGUUGGGACAGGUAGUGCCUAAUGAGGAAUGAAGAGAUUUAUACAACAUUUUUUAUCAUGUUACACAACAGUAUCAUGAAUGGCCUCCUUUUUAAUUCAACUGUUUCUUUAAAAUUCAUUUACCGAAUAAAAAUAAGAACUGACUAAUAGCUCCAAGUGUCACACACCAGAGCAUUAAGCCUAAGUCUUCAACUCGUAAGUUACCAUCCUAGGUAAGUUUCUUUACAAUGGAAUACUCCCUAUGGAAUUAUUAUAAUUUUGUUUUACAGAGCUAUCAAGCUAAGAGUCACUAAACUUUCUUGAAAAGGUUGUGUGAAAUAUGACAGCUUUCUAAAUUAAUUCUUAUAGUCCUUCAAAAUUUUUUCAUCUCCAGCAGCUGUCCAACUGGAAUCCAGAUAUAAAGUGAUAAAAGCUGUAUGUCUCUUGCAGUCUUUCUCAGCUCAGUUCCAUAAAAAAAAAAAGCUAAUUUUCCCAAGGACACAGCAAGAGUAUUUAUUAAGGAUAUUUUCUAAAACCCACAUUUGAGAAAGCCACCAAAUGAGUCAUAUAUAUAUACAUAUAUAUAUAUAUAUAUAUAUGU